GAAAGACACUUUUAUGUACUCAGCUCCUCGUGGCCCUGACCUUAGACUGAUCAACAGGAAGGUUGUUUACCAAAAGUAAGCACCGAUUCUUAGACCACCACCAGCAUGCGAGUCAGUCGCCGGUUGGCGAGGUCAACAACCAAACACUUCUGUGAACACUGUCAUGGCGCAGACGGAAAAUACAACUGACCUCACGGUUACAGUAAUAACAACCUGUGAAUAAUGGCGGCUGUACUUGUGUUUGGCUUUCUCUGUAAGUAGCUUUAUUUUCACAUUUCGUUUUAAGUAUUCAGCGCAAAUGAAGAACCAACCUCCUGCAAGCCACUGCACUAGCCGAUGGUCUUAUCGCCAAUUAAAGAAGCCAUUUUCAGAAUGGGUGAGAUAGGAACACACCUAGGGCCAAGACGUCAUCCACCUCCAUCAUACGGCGACGUCAUUUGUAUUAUUUUUAGAAAAUGAGUGCAGAGUCUUCCGGGCGUCCACGUAAAGUCAGCAGCUCGCGGAAGUCCCAACAUCCUCCCAGACUUCAUUAUCCGCUCGGUGUUCCCCCUGACAAGUGUGGCCUCGUUAUCGGUACAGGUGACCAAAAUUUAAAUGAAAUCAAGAGGGUGUCUGGCGCCAGUGUUCGCCUGGUGGAUUCCGUCACGCUUGGAUGCGGAUUACGAGAGUUCCGUAUAUCAGGCAGACCUAUACAGAUCAGACAAGCCAUUCGUCUGAUAUAUGAAAAAACAGGGGGAGAGAAAAUCAUCAAGGAAAAGGCUCAGGACUUUUGGAAAUACUGGGUUUCUGAAGCGUACCCUGAUUUCCAGUCACAAGCUUAUUUCCUGCCAGCAGUCUUCAUCAACCGAGUGCCUAGGGUCAAAUGGCGACUCGAAGGGCAGGACAUUAAUCUUCUGACCUUACAGCCACAGGCUCCACCUGUGUUCCAGUCGCGUUACCUUCCAGGUACUGGAGCGACAGGCGAAGUUCCACAACCACCCCGUGUACAAGACAGUGAUAUCGCUAAAGAUGCCGCCCUCGAGCGGGUCCUCAUGUGCCUCCACAAGAUGGCGGAGGUUCACAAUGAAGUCUUCAUGGCGCUGAGCCAGCUCCACUUCGUGGAUUACCUAGGAGACUUCGCUUACGCCGAGGCAUGCGCUCUCAUGCCUACAGUUGCCAACCUUUCCCCUACCAGGAGACAGGGAACCUUUGACCUGCUUCUCAUUCACAAGCUGUACGGCCUUGUCCUUUGCGAGGUCAAGGCUACUUCAGGGAACAUCUCAGGGCAGGAGAUCGGGAAGAAGCUCAGGACGGCUGUGUCGCAGCUGGACAAAGCCCAGGUGGUUCUGACUCACCUGGUGUCUGACAUUGCUCCAGGAAUCCGUGUCACAAAGGUCAUUGCACUGCCUAACCUCACGGAGAGAAGGAUGAAGACGAUUCUUGCGACCGACCUUGACCUCACAAAGUUGCUGAGCCAUUGUCUGGGAUUGGUUGAUUCUGAUGUCAUCAAUGGAUUGAUCUGUUCUGAUCGGUUGCCUCCCAGUGAAGCCCCCUGGGAUGUAAAUAAGUACGUGCUGCAGGAAUUUUGGGACUGGUGGCAGUUCCACGUAGCCUGUCUGGAACCGGACUCAGUGAUGACCGCGGAAGUGUAUGAGAACAUUGUCGCCAGGUUCUGCGGGCCCGCCACGACUGUCACAGUUCCCUGUACAUCUACUCCUCGGCUGACCGUGAAGACCUUAGGACAAGCGGUGUCCAAGACAGGGGUGUACUUCUCUCAGUUAACUCUCUUUCCCGAGCAAGUCGACCUCAUCCACUCGAAGGAGUUGCGAGUGUUCCUGGCUGGACCCCCAGGCACCGGCAAGACGGUCGUGCUGCAGCUGGUGGCCCUCAAGUGGCUGCGGCACAACCACGACGUCUACGUCAUGAGCACGACGGAACACAGCCGCAUGGCGUGCUGCAUGCUGCACCAUCUGCUGCAGCACGAACUGGAGAGGAUGCGGCAGGCAGGGGAGGAGUGCGGUCAGUGCGGUCAGCUGCACCUGCUGCAGUACAACUUCCGAGGCGGCACUGACGUUGACAGGGCGACACAGGAGUUGACGGAUGCAGCAAAGAACGGAGAGGUGUACGUCAUCGCUGACGAAGUAGGGCCUGAUGAUGUCCAGCCGGAGAAGGAUUUUCGAGCUGUCAGUAAAACGCACUUUCAUUCGUUUUGCGAAAACCUGAGGAGAUUCGUCCAAGACACCCAUCUCUGGGCUGCCAGCUGCAAACAUAAAGUCGCCCCAAAAGGUUGGAAGCUGGAAUAUUUCACCAGGCCCCUCCGCUCUCCUCCAACCGUCGUGAGGGAAGUCGAAAGAUCGGAGGAAAUGGGUUCCCUGGUUCGUUCAUAUGAAAGUCGGGGUUUGCCCUAUCCCACCCAAGGCCCGGACGUGAAGUGGAUACAUCACGAACGUCCCACCCACCCUGCGGAGUUCCCCGUAGACUGUCAAAGGUGUGGCGAGGAGGUCGCCAUCUUCCUCAAAGGUCUCCGAGUUGGUGAUCAGGACAACCUGGUGACAGCACCGGCACCAGCAGCAGCAGCAGCAGCAGGUGAACAAACGUCAGCAGCUGUGACGACGUCCCACAGACUCUCUGACGCCGAGUACCCGCCUGCCCUUGAGUUCCGGGACGUGCUGGUGCUGUGUGUUGGGCAGGUGUACGACAAUUCAGGUGUCGUGCAGGGGCUGAGGACAGCUGACAUUCCUGCCAGAGUCAUGAAGAGCAAUGACACGGAGGACAUGGAGGACGUAGCCACGGCCCGUAGUGACGUAGUGUGGGUGUCCUCCGGCAACGUGGUUCGCGGAAUCGAGAGGAAGGUGGUGGUUUGUGUACGUGGCGAGUAUCCGGAAACUGACCGCUACAACAGGCUGUACCCGGUGUCCCGGUGUACGUCACAGCUGGUGAUGGUAGUCCCCAUCCCACCUCACCUUUAAUCUGUAGUAUGUACUCCUGCAUUUACUACUGCAUUUGUAACACUGCAUAUUGCAAUGUUUGUAAAUACUGCUGUACUUACUCCUGGGGGCGGUUUUACAUCACUUGUCUAAACGCUGGGUUGACUAAGGCACUGACUACACUACACUUCGCGUGUAUAUGUGUGUGUGUGGUGCAUGUGUGUCGGUCUGUAUCGGUGUGCUAACUUUCACUUACCCACCAACACCCGACGACCAGUGCCAGGGGACCAUUGUUAGGAACAGGGGGUUGUUGCCCCUGUCUGUGGUUAGUCAGGGAUUAUUGCCCUUAACAGUAUAUGAGUGUGUUUGCUGCUUCGUGGUUUUGCGUCAGAACCCGACGUCAUAUUAUGACGCAAUUUUAGAUUGUGGGUAGAGUGAAAAUAUUUUUUGGAAGACAGCAGACGACAGGGAGACGAGAUAGAGAAAAGACAGGCGGGAAAGAGGUCUGACUGUACGUGUGGAUACAGGGACCGGUAAUAAGUAAACUAGUUGCUUACCUAGCCAAGGAACUACUGAGGGACCCACUGGGAGGGAGGAAUCCCAAAGAAACCGCCGAGACGGCUGGGAGAAGUGACGAGAAGCGGACAGAGUGUAUGGAUUGUCCGUUUCGGGAACUUGUGUGUUGUUCCAGGAUAACUAUUCGUGGUCGCCACCUAGACGUCGGCCAAGAAAGCAUCUACCCUUUAUAAGAAAUGAAAAUUGUGAGAGUUUUCAAGAAGAGAAGAACUGUCAAACUAAUCAAUGUACGACUCUGUUAAGACGGAGAACACAAGAAUCCUACAACUGUGGAUUUUAAGAAAGGACAUGUCGUGAAGGAAGAAGACUUAUCGUUGUUUAAUGUGAAUUCAGAAAAGGAGAGUGACUACAUCAUUAACAUUGGGAUGCAGUAUAGUGUAUGUAAAAUUCAGGGAGGAUUUUACCAGCACGUUUUAUUUUUGGUUUCUAAGACGAUAACUUCAGGCAGUACGGUGUAAGUAACUAGGACUUUAGCGAACUAUUCGAAAAGACAAUCGUCAAAUUUGAUUUACAGGCCGCGGCGUGAAAGACAUUCAGACUGUAUGUAUAUCGUUUGCAGUAACGUGUGUGUGUUUAAGGUUUAAUGUUUAGUGAUAUAAAAUGUUUCGUUGCCCACGACAAA